AAGUUUUGUUUUGGCGCGAAACGCUGCAAAAGUGAAGAUCGUCGUUUGUAUUAUUGAUUUGAAUUGAAAUGAUGAAUUUCUCGCGCAGCUCGCUGCGCUACGCGCACACCAAUGGCUACACGGGACUGCUGUACACGCCAAAGGGUGAUUACAUAAUCACAUGCGGCACCGAUGGCGACAUUCGCCACUGGACCUGCAUAAGCGACGAUGAUCCUCGCUCCACCUGCCUGGGUGAAUUUGUGAUGUGCAUUGCCCAUACGGGCACACGACUGCUCGCCUCCACAGAUCGCAAUACGGUGCAUGCGUAUACGUUCCCCGACAUGGACAGUGAUGGCAUCCUGAUGCGAUUUACAGCGCCAGCGACUUGCCUACGAGUUUGUGGCGAAUUUACGGCUGCGGGCAGUGAAGAUACCAGCAUAAAAGUGCUGCGUGGUGAUAAUGCUGGCCAAGAGACUAUGCUGGAGGGUCACAAGGGACCCAUUUUGGCGUUGGAUGUGCACGCCGAACGACAACUGUUGGCCUCCAUUGCAGGCGAUGGCCACUUAAAGAUUUGGAAUUUUGCCACGGGCGUCGAGGUGAAGAGCGUGUCCGGAUUGCCUCGCGUGAAUAGUUUCGAAAGCGCCAGCCUCUUUGGCACGCCCAGCUUUGAACCGCAGUGCGGUGAGCAAUUGGCCUAUGCAUUGGACAAGGAGAUUUUAGUGCUGAACACAUCCAACUGGGAGUUGGCAUAUAAGCUGUUGGAUGAACGCGUCUCCAGUAACUAUAGCUGCUGUCAGUUCUCACCGAACGGGGAGCGUCUGGCCGCUGGGACGACCAGCGGUGAAUUGAGCAUCUUUGAUGUGAAACGGCGACGGGCGCUCCAAGUGGAGGCGCCACCGUCUGAUUGCAAGGCGAUUACGUGCCUUGCCUGGAAUCCAGCUAAUAUGGAUGAGUUGGCCUUUUGUGAUGCCACCGGCCAGCUGGGCACCAUAUUCCUUGGUGAUGAGACACAAGAUGAACUCGAGCUGGUGGGCGAAUCGGAUGAGCUGCUGGCAGGUACAGAUUUCGAAUUUGAACAGGGCAAUGGAGGGGAAGUGGACGAUGCCGACGAUGGCGAUGGCGUUAGUCUGGAGCAGCUGAAGCGCAAAGUUAUGAGCAAUGCGAACUAUGCAGAGGCAGAGGCUCAGGAUGAUGAUGAUGAGCACUCCCGACACUCCUUGGCGAGCAGCAGCCAUGCACCGUCUGCAACUCCACAAGUGAAACUGUUCAAGCAGCAGGCGGCCUUCCAGCCGGGUGCUACUCCAAAUGAGCUAGAGCAUCGCUAUUUGGCAUGGAACGAUGUCGGCAUUGUGUCAGCGCAUGCGGAACCCAAUGGAGAUGGUGCCAUUGAUGUGGAAUUCCAUGAUGCCAGUGUGCAUCAUGCACUCCACUUGAGCAACAAUUACAAUCAACAUAAUGUGGCGAGUUUGAGUCGCAGCGCUUUGGCCUUGGCCUCCACGGAGAGCGGCAAGCUGGUCGUGAUUGCCUUGGCGGCGGCCGGGAAUAAGGAAUGGUCACUCAGUCUACCCGAUUGCGAGAGCGUGGAGGCGCUGGUGGCAACCAGCCAACUGAUUGCUGUCGCCACCAGUAAUCACUUUCUGCGACUCUUCAGCGUGAUGGGCACCCAAAGGGAGGUGCUCAGCAUUCCAGGACCUGUACUAGCGCUGGCUGGACAUGAGCAUAGUUUGCUGUGCGUCUACCAUUCCGCCGGUUGCAGCCAGCAGCAACAGCAUCUCGCCGGCAUGUUGAUCCAUGUCAGUGGCUUGAGUUUACGCGUGGAACAGGUGCCGGUUUCAUUGACGCCGGGUCGACAAUUGAGCUGGCUGGGUUUCUCGGAUGUUGGCUCGCCCUGCUUGGCCGAUAAUAUGGGUCUCGUCCAGCUGUAUAGGCGGGCAAGCAAUGCCUGGUUUCCCAUAUGUGACACAUUGAAACAGAGCACAAGUGUUUGCAAUAAUUAUUUUAUAGUUUCACUUUCAGAGCCGAGGCAGAUCAUUCAAGCGGUGCUGUGCCGCGCCAGCUCAUAUCCGAUGACAAAUCCACGUCCAAUGGUGCAGGAGUUGCGCCUACAACUGCCACUCUGCGACAUUGAGUUGGAGAAGACGGAGCUGGAGGAUACGCUAAUGCGGGCGUGUAUUAUGCAAGUGGACGGCGCCGAGAAGCUGCAAAAGGAAAUGGCCAUCAAGCUGUUCGCCUUGGCCUGUAGCAACGAGUGCGAGGCACGCGCCAGGGAACUUGUGGAGAAUAUUGCCUGCACCGAGCUCCUUCAGCUUGCCGUCAAGUAUGCCUCGAAGCGUGGCCGCAUUCAUCUGUCGGAUAGAUUGUGUGAACUAUUGCCACAACUGGAGGCGGUGCAGGAGGCGCGUAAACAGCAACAGCUCCUCGGCGCCAAUGGCAUUGCGGCGACCAUUGUGCUGCCCAUGAUGCCCCAGCUAUCGACUGCUGGGACUCCGAAAUUGGCGCCCAAGGCCAUGGAGCUAAGCGCAUCGAAACGUAGUGCGCUGAAACGCUUCUCGAAUUCACCCAAUCUAUUCAAAGCGGCAGCCGCAUCUCGUCCAGCGACUCCAGAUGCUACCAUCACUCCAUUGGAUACGCAAGAAAAUCUGUUUGGUGAAUCAGAAUCGCAGACGAGCGACACCAAGUCAGCAACUGAAAGUGAUCAGCGAUCGCCUCUUAAUUCGGUCAAUCCGUUUGCCAUGAAACGCAAACUGGUCGACACUGGCGUCAUCUUUGGCUCCGAGAAACUCAAGUUGGCUAAGAAAUAAAAUCUUGCUCAUUUUAUGAAUAGUGUUGUAAUGUUUAGUUGUAUGAAUUAAUUUUUUUUAUGUUUUAAUAAUAGAUACAAUGAUCUAA